AAUAAACCGUAACGUAACCUCCUGCGAAGUCCUAACUAUAUUCCGUAGGUUUUUAACAUUCAGCUGCUUUCGAUAUUGAAGUCUGUUGAGGUUUAAACUUGAAAGGUAUUUCCACGAACCACAUCUGUCAAAAUGGAAACCAGUCCGUUCAUUCUAGAUGGAGGUCUGGCGACAGAACUUGAAGCAAGUGGAUUUCAGUUACAGGGAGAUCCACUAUGGAGUGCAAGGAUUUUGCAUACAAACCCACAGGCCAUUAAGGACGUACAUUUCAGAUUUCUUAAAAGCGGUUCUGAUGUCAUAACAACAGCCACAUAUCAGGCCAGCAUUGAGGGAUUCGUGAAAUAUCUUGGUGUCCGGCCUGAGGAGGCUCAGCAGAUGAUAAUAUCAGGGGUUCAGCUGGCAAAAGAGACCAUCCGUGAGUUCAUGUCUCACUCACCCAUAUCAGAAGACAGAAGAGAGCCUGUGGUUGCAGGUUCAGUGGGACCAUAUGGGGCAUUUUUACAUGAUGGGUCUGAGUAUACAGGGGCCUAUGAGGACAAGAUGACAAUGGAGGAGCUGAAAGACUGGCAUCGUCCACAGAUCCAGUGCUUAGUAAAAGCCGGAGCUGAUCUUGUUGCCAUGGAGACCAUUCCAGGUCUCAAAGAGGCGGAGGCUUUGGUGGAAGUACUCCGAGAAUUUCCAGAAGCUAAAGCCUGGCUUUCCUUUUCUUGUAAGGACUUUCAGAAUAUUUCAAGCGGGAGGAGAUUUUCUGAGGCGGUUCAGGUGGCUUGUAGGUCCUCACAGCUGGUUGCAGUGGGGGUGAACUGCUGUCCCGCUCCGUUAGUGGAACCGCUUCUAGAGUCAGCCAAGUCACACAAGAAAGCAGAUUUGAGCUGGGUGGUCUACCCUAAUAGUGGAGAAGGAUGGGACCCCAAGACAGGAUGGAAAAUCGAGAAACGGACAUCAUUUGCCAAACUAAGUCUUGACUGGAAAGAACAAGGGGCUUUGUGGAUUGGUGGCUGCUGUCGUGUUGGUCCUGCUGAUAUAACUGAGCUGAAACAACAACAUGACAUCAUUUAGUUUAUUCUGAAAUAAUGCAGUGAUGUACACGAAGGUGUAUAAAUAUUUUAUUUAAAAAUAAAAAGAAUACAAUAAUAAUAGACUAGA